GGCGGAAUUGAACCAUCAAAAGUCACAAGGAGAGAUGGUGACGAAGAAAGUGAGGGAAGCAACAACGAAACGGAGCGCAUGGCCGAACUGAAGACGCAAGAAGAUGGCAAAAGUGAACAGGAGGAGGGACAAGUCAAUUCAAUAUCAGCGCUACGUGAAGGCAAUAUGCGGCAUCCAACACUAACAACACCAUGA